AACUGACCUCCCCUCCACCCUUCACUCCCCUUAUUUGAUUCCAAAGGUCUGUGAAGACACACUGUUUAAAAGACAGAGCCCCUCACUAAAAAACUAUAUAUUUUAUCCUCUUACCUAAACACAAUUCAAACCGGACGAGUCUGACUGCCACUAUGAAAUAUUUGGCUCUGGCUUUUCUGCUUUGUGCUUUGGCACCACUGUCCAAUGCAUACUGCUUCCAGAAGGAGGUGGAUCCAGACAUGACCCAUUGUCAGGACGAUGCGGAUGGGACGUGGCAUGCUGUCGGAUCUUCAUGGAGAAACAGUCGAUGCAUGGACUGUACUUGCAGUGGGUGUUGCAGUGGGUAUUCAACCCCCAUACGGAUCCCUGAUGAGUGUGUGUCAGUUUUUGACUCAGAGGCUUGUGAAUACAUAGUACACAAGAAGGACGACCCAUCUGUACUAUGUCCAAUUUUUGGCGCAGUGGGGAAGUAAUGGGUGGUCUGAAGGUCUGAAGUAUUUACUCGGGGGAGAGAGCGAGAGGCAUGCAGGUGUGAUCCCUCACUGGCUUCUCACCAAGAAACACCACCUGUUUUGUUGGUUGUGAGAUACGAUUAAGCAGGAGGCACAGCUGCAGUAAAUUGAAAAUUAAAUAUGCUGUGAAUGAAAUUCAGAUGAAUAAAUACAUAAAUCAUAA